AGUUUGAAGAUAACAAUUAUAUAUGUGAGGAACUCAACUCAUGAAGCUAAUAAGCAUGGCUACGUCAAGAUCUUUGAAUAUGAGAGUAGCAGUGUUGUUGAUUAUGGUUUUGAGUGUUUGUGGCUCAGAAUUUUCAAGAAAGAAGAGGAAGACACUGGAAGAAAUCAAGAAAAUAAAUGGCAAUGGCCCAUACGUUGGUCUAAUCACAGUGUAUGCACCAGAAGAGACUGCUUUCUUUGCCACUGGAGCCUUUCAAUCAGAUCCAAAACACCCAUUUGUUGAUCUUGCUGGACGUAGAUUCAGAGUCGGAAAAAUCCAUAACAAGAAAGUUAUCUACGUUAGAUGUGGCGUUGGACUGGUGAAUGCAGCAGCAGCCACACAGAAUAUGGUUGACAUGUUUGAGAUAAGUGGAAUUGUCCAUUUUGGCAUUGCAGGAAAUGCUAAUAGCUCUAUGUCCAUUGGUGAUGUCACUAUCCCAACACAAUUUGCCGACACUGGCCUAUGGGAUUGGCUGAACCCCAAUGGGACAGUUGAUCCUAGUGACUUUGGAAAGUUGGAUAUUGGGAACUUCAAUGUGCCAAGAGGAGAAGGGCAAAAUUUGUUGGGGCAUGUUGGAUAUAGCACUGAACAAUUUUACUCAGAAUCUGGGGACCCAAACACACCCCAACGUGUCAUUUGGGUCAAUACCACUCGCCAAUGGCUAAACCUUGCUGCAAAUUUGGAGGGCAUAAGACUAGAACGGUGUGUGAAUUCCAGCUUCUGCCUUUCAGAGCAACCCAAGUUAGUGACUGGUCUUAGGGGUGCAACAGCCAACACUUUUAUUGACAAUGCAGCUUACAGGGACUUUCUCUUCCAAACAUUUCAUGUUUCCUCUCUAGAUAUGGAGAGCUCAGCAAUAGUCAUGACUAGUUUGUCAAAUAGUUUUCCAGUGCUGGUGAUUAGAGGGCUAUCAGAUUUAGCAGGUGAACAGAAAGGAGAUAAUCACAUUCAAAUAUUUGGGCCUCUUGCAGCAUCUAAUACUGCCAGAGUUGUUAUUGAAUUCUUGAAAACAUUACCAAAUCCUCACUAUGCUCUGCUUUAAUUAAGCUACUACUGCUUAUUAUUUUGAUUUCUCAAUCAAUUAAGGGUUUGUUUACUGUGUUCAUGUUCAAUGAAAUUGAAACAACCCUUCAUGCCAUUCUUGUGGUAAAAAGCAAAAGUUAAUGUAUUGUGUAACUUGUAAUAUCAUUUUAUUUUAU